UCUCCCAAGUUCAUUGCUCGACAAAAUGGCGGCCAGGGCUUCGUUUAGAGGGUCUUUACGUAUCAUUCAAGAUAUCUGUAUUAGCCGAUAUUCAAACCGUGAAGCAAGUACCGCCUCUCAAAUCAAGAUUCAAAAGCCUCUCGGGUUUAUGGCUGCACGUUGCAAAGCUGGUCGAAACAAAGUCAGAGAAAUCAAGCCUAAUCCAAAGAAGAUGAUGAUUGCUUCUAAAGUGAAAGAUGUCUUUGACAAUAAUGAAAUGGUGGCUGUCUUUCAGUAUAAUGACAUGAACACCACUGAAUGGGAGAACCUUAGACAUAACUUGAGCAGAAGUGACAUCAAGGUUAAAGUAUUCCCCAACAAAGUAACCCACAAGGCCUUAGAGAAUUCCAUUUACCAAGAGAUUUCACCGCUGUUCCUAUGUACAACUUGCAUUAUGUAUUCCAAGGAACCAAUUGUGAAACCUCUGAUAGAUGCUGUCAAGAAACAGCCAAAGCUAGAGCUCCUUGGUGCAAAGGUCCAAAACAGGUUACUCUCUAGAACUGGUGUCAGAGAGUGUGCCAAACUGCCACCUUUGAAAGAAUUGCAUGUUAAUCUUGUCCAGCUUUUACAAAAACCUGCUUCUCAGCUGAACUACCUUCUACAGCAGAAUCAAAGACUGUUAACACAAAAUCUUUUUCAGUAUGUAGAACAAGAGAAGGAAGAAUGUUGAUACAUGUAAAAGGAUAUUGUAUUGGAAUACUUUAUAAGUUUUUACAAAGGAAACUAAUCCAAAUGGUAAUUUGAAGGACUAUGCUACUUUUACAUGUAUUGAUCUUCUAUUUGGCUGAUGGUCAAGUGUUGAAAAAAUUCAGAUUUUAAUAAAGUAAAAUUUUCAAAGAAACGUUCAUGACUUUGUGAGCAGGAGCUAAACAGCUAUACAUUCUUUGCAAAUAUUGAUUUCAAAACUUUGACUGUUCUCUAAUGUUAAUUCAAACAGUCUCCUUUGAAGAAAUGCAUUACAUGACCUUGUCUUGUAAGCAUUAAAAUGUUUCCUGGUUGUGGCUCUUACAAAAGUUAGGCUAAUAUACCAGUUUCAAGAUCCAAAUAACUACUGUUUCUCGAUUACAGUCAUUUACACAGGGUCAGCCUUGAUUUUGUGCAGAAUAUUCACGUGUUCCAAUCGAGGUCCAUGGAGUCUGGAAGUUUUUACGCUGUUGAAGUUGUGCAUUCUUUAAUUUACUUUACUAUUGGUAUUUGUGAAUAUUUCAACACUGAUACCAGGCUAACCCUGCGUAAAUGAUUCUGUAAUCAAGAAAUACAGCAGUAAUUUAGGAUUUGAAACUGGUCUAUUUGGUAAAACAUACAACAGGACUUGAAAUCUCCCCAUCCACUCCCCUACCCCAGGUUGGUACUCAUAACUUUUAGGUGUUAAAGUUAGUGACAUGGUAUCUUUUAGGACAUUGAAAUUUAGAACCAUUACUUUGGUAUCUUUUAGGGAGCAGAAUGAGGAAAUCUAUGUAUAAUAUUUAACCACUCUAAUAAUAGGUAGUACUCAGACCAGACAAGCAUGUGUCGGCCAUUUGACAUCAAUAGAUAACACUGUAAGUGCAGCAUGCAGAAAUUUAAGUUAUACAUUCAAUACCUUUGCUUAGUAUUUUAUUCUGGUCAUGCUUAUCAUUUUUUUUUGCUUCGGUUGGCUAGUUUUUUUGUCUUUAUUCAAAUUUUCUAGUGCUUUAGAGUUGAGUUUUUUCAUUGUCACGGCUUACUGUCAUGCAGACUGAACCUAGAUUGUGCCUCAGUUUUCGUUCCCUGAGAAUAUCCUUGUAUUCUUUGCUUGUUUCAAACAUUUUUGUGUAAGAUACCAUUUAGUUCAGCAGUUUUUUUGGCUUUUUGUUUUGUAAAGACCAUUACUGUCAUGAAUGCUGCAGUUAUUGGUUAAAUAAAUAAAUAAAUAUGUCACUUUU